AACAACAGUAACGUCACACGGACUACAGGGGAGUUUUGUUGAAGUUGCAAAGUCCUGCAGCCUCCAGAGGGCUGUCGGCGCAGUAGCAGAGAGCAGCAGACUCCGCGCUCCGGAGACCGGCAGUAGAGCGCGAGGCAGCGCGCGCCAGCAGCAGCCACCGGAGCCCAACCAGGUCCACAGCCCUCCCCAGGCGGCCGCGCCAUGGAACACCAGCUCCUGUGCUGCGAAGUGGAGACCAUCCGCCGUGCGUACCCUGACACCAACCUCCUCAACGACCGAGUGCUGCGAGCUAUGCUCAAGACCGAGGAGACCUGCGCGCCCUCCGUGUCUUACUUCAAGUGCGUGCAGAGGGAGAUUGUGCCGUCCAUGCGGAAAAUCGUGGCCACCUGGAUGCUGGAGGUCUGCGAGGAGCAGAAGUGUGAAGAGGAGGUCUUCCCGCUGGCCAUGAACUACCUGGACCGCUUCCUGUCGCUGGAGCCCCUGAAGAAGAGCCGCCUGCAGCUGCUGGGGGCCGCCUGCAUGUUCGUAGCCUCCAAGAUGAAGGAGACCAUUCCCCUGACCGCCGAGAAGUUGUGCAUCUACACUGACAAUUCUAUCCGGCCCGAGGAGCUGCUGCAAAUGGAACUGCUUCUGGUGAACAAGCUCAAGUGGAACCUGGCUGCCAUGACUCCCCACGAUUUCAUCGAACACUUCCUCUCCAAAAUGCCAGAGGCGGAUGAGAACAAGCAGAUCAUCCGCAAGCAUGCGCAAACCUUUGUGGCUCUCUGUGCCACAGAUGUGAAGUUCAUUUCCAACCCCCCCUCCAUGGUGGCUGCUGGGAGCGUGGUGGCCGCGAUGCAAGGCCUGAACCUGGGCAGCCCCAACAACUUCCUGUCGUGCUACUGCACAACGCACUUUCUUUCCGGAGUGAUCAAGUGUGACCCGGACUGCCUCCGCGCCUGCCAGGAACAGAUUGAAGCCCUUCUGGAGUCUAGCCUGCGCCAAGCCCAGCAGAACGUUGAUCCCAAGGCCACCGAAGAGGAGGGGGAAGCGGAGGGAGAGACUGACCUGGCCUGCACACCCACUGACGUGCGAGACGUGGACAUCUGAAGGCCGCCGGGCAGGCGGGUGCCACCAAGUAGUGGCAGCCCGCGAUGAGGAAGGAGCCAGCCCGGGGUGCUCCUGAUGACGUCCCUCUUGGGGACAUUUGUUACCAGAAGGGGAAGUUUUGUUCUCUUUGUUGGUUGUUUUUCUUUAAUCUUUCUCCUUUCUAUCUGACUUAAGCAAAAGAGAAAAAAAAAAUACCUGAAAACUGUUAAAGAGAGAAAGAGAUAGAAUUUGCAUCACCUGAGUGUAGGGAGGAGGGGGGUGCUACCAAUUUAGGAUUUUAUACCCCAAUAAUCAACUAGUUUUCUAUUAAUGUGCUUGUCUGUUGUAAGAAUAGGAUUAACACACAGGAAGUCUCCAGGAGGAUUUUGAUUUUAUGUGUUUAAAAAGCUUAAGAAAAAUUGCUUUAAAAAAAAGAAGGAAAAAAAAGGCCAAUAGAGAAACUCGUUGUUAAGUAGAAGGGAGUUUUAGGUAGAGAUGCACUCGCUUUGCUGAAAGGCACAGCUUUGGCGUGGUCCUCAGCCUCACUCCCUGCUUGCUCAGUGCAGCCGCCGCCUGUCACCUGUUUCCUGUGCUUUGUCCCAGGGAUGGGGCGACCUCUUCACCUUCUUGAUGGCCGCUGCGACCUCUAGCGGUCUCACGGCGUGUGGCACCAGGGCUCAUCUGUGCCCUCUCCCAACCUGCAGGUUCACAGUGCCGGCCACACGGCAGUAGGCGUCCCACUCUAGGCAGUGUGCUCCAGUAGAGAGGGGCUGAGACAGUGACAUCAUAUGUUCUAUUUUUGUAAUCUUCCUAUUUUGUAGUUCCUGUUUAAAGAGCUGCUGGUUUUUGCCUGGCGGCCCUGCAGCCCACUCACAUCAGGUUAAACCCACAGCUUUUCUUUUGUGUGUAUGGUCUGUUCUGUUUUGUUGUGUUUUCCUUCUCUGUGUUCCAAAACCAUUCCAUUUCAAAGCACUUUCGGUCAGCUAGCUGGAGGCAGUGUUGCUGGUGUGGGGGUGGGGUGGGGGCGGUUCCUAAUGGGAUGGUUGGGGGAUAGGCACACACUCAUUCAGAUGGCCGCACAAUGGAUGUGUAGCAUGGUGGGGCUGGUCGCAUGGGGUGCUUGGAAAGUUUUGUUGGGUCAAGAAGAGAGAACUCUGUUCUUGCACCACCAGGAUCUGUCCUAUAGAGAAGUCGGAUUGAAGGGAUCCUUUGGUGCCAGCUGGUGUUUGGAAGUAGGAACUGUGAUAGCAUUACUUGGAGGAGGAGAUUCUGGAAGUCUUUCACAUAGGAGGCUUUUAAACACUAAAAUGUCUAAUUUAUACUUAAGGUUACAGAAGAGUAUUUAUUGGAAAGGCUGCCCAUGGCCAGUGUGAUUUUUAAAGCAAUGUGAUUUCCCUUGAUUCAAGAGCACACCUUCCGCCCUUGCUGGCGAAGGUUCAAUGCCAUGUCUGAGAGAUUGGUCUUUUAUUGGGGGUGGGGGGGAGAGCAGAUCCUCAAAAACCAUAUGAGGAUGGGCAUUCGGUUUGCUUAACUUUCCAAACCCCAACGACCCCAUUGGAGAGCCAUCCAAACUGAGGAAAACAGGGGAUCCCAAAGGAGUUUAAUUCCGGCACAUUCUUGCCCCCACCCCCACAACAGUAGGUAAUUUGUACCCCUUGGCUCUGUGCUUUUCUAUUUAGGAAGUGUUGAAGGAAGGUGACGAGAGGGAGGCUGGAGAGAGGACGGGAGGGAGGAAGUGUGGAGGGUAGGGACCACACGGGACAGGCUGCAGCUCCUUCCACACAGCGCUGCUACCAAUGACUCCCAACAUCCCAGACGUUCAGAACCAGGUUCGCGUCGCUCUGUAUCUUUCACAUUGUUUUCGCUGCUAUUGGAGGGUUUGUUUUGUUUUGU